CCUGUUUUCAUCCAACAGCCAAACUUUGGAUCCGUUGGUCACAUGAGCGCACAUUAAAAUAGUUACUCGGGUUAGCUACCUGUGUUUACACUUUGAGGCGUGUAUUUUCAAGUUAAUGAAUUGCCGUUUCAAAGAGAAAUUGGUGUGUCAUCUUACUCAAGGUACACGCGCGUUUAAGCGCAACUUUUUGACCUCCCACUCGUGCUGUGACGUGCCUAGCAGCGGCUAGUAAUAAAUGAAAGGCGCAAUUUGAAGCGUCCAGUUGUUCUGCUGCUUCAGCAGACGCGCGUUACAUCUGUCACAUGCGGCGGAGCACAUUCAGACUGGACGGGAGGUAUUUUAGAUUUUCUUUCUGUCACUUUUUGCUUUUUGUUAUUAGAAAAAAAGUAAUGUAUCUUAUUUUAUUCAUAAGGAGUUGUUAAAACCAGUGUUGUCAGUGUUUUGGGAGCGCGCAGUAACGUAACAGUUGACGUUUGGCGUUGCAGUGCUUCCAUUGAUCGCUCUGGACUGAAGCAGCAAACCACUGGAAUACAUAAUCAGCGAUUCAACUUCACAAAAUGAGCGGCGGUAAGAGGAUGGAGGAUGAGGCCGUGCUGGACAGAGGGGCCUCGUUACUCAAACACUUAUGUGAUCAGGAAGAAGUUGAAGGUCACCGCACCAUAUACAUCGGUGUGAAUGUGCCUAAGAGCUACCGGCGACGGAGACGUCAUCGCAGACGCACCAGUCACAAGGACAGAAAGGAGAAAGUGACUGAGAAUGCUUCAGACAGGUCGGAUGCAGAGAACAAUGAGGAGGCCAGCAACAGCAUCCUCAAACCCCUCAUCUCACCUGCUGCUGAGCGCAUUCGAUUCAUUCUGGGAGAGGACGAUGACAGUCCAGCACCCCCUCAGCUCUUCACCGAGCUGGACGAGCUGCUGUCUGUUGAUGGCCAGGAGAUGGAGUGGAAGGAAACUGCCAGGUGGAUCAAGUUUGAAGAGAAGGUGGAAAAAGGUGGGGAGCGGUGGAGUAAACCACAUGUGGCCACUCUGUCCCUUCAUAGUCUCUUUGAACUUAGGACGUGUAUAGAGAAGGGCACCAUCAUGCUGGACCUAGAGGCCAACACACUGCCAGGGGUCGUGGAAAUGAUCACUGACAGUCAGAUUGAGAACGGUCUCUUGAAAGCUGACCUGAAAGAUAAGGUCAUGUACACCUUGCUGAGGAAGCAUCGCCACCAGACCAAGAAAUCCAAUCUUCGCUCCUUAGCUGACAUUGGCAAGACGGUCUCCAGCGCAAGUAGGCUGUUUUCCACCCCGGAUAAUGCACGUAAUCCACUUGAGACUUCAGUGCCUUGUCUAAUGACUCGCAACUCAGAGGAGGUAUUGCGAGUCCCUGGAAGUCCAAGCAUGGGAUGGCCUAGUAGUCCAACCACCACACAUCGCAACUUGACAUCAAGCAGCCUGAACGAUAUCUCAGACAAGCCAGAGAAAGAUCAGCUGAAGAACAAGUUCAUGAAGAAGCUGCCCAGAGAUGCUGAAGCUUCCAAUGUUCUCGUUGGAGAAGUGGACUUUCUGGACAGUCCUUUUGUGGCCUUUGUGAGGCUGCAGCAGGCUGUCAUGUUGGGGGCGCUGACUGAAGUGCCUGUGCCCACCAGAUUUCUGUUCAUUCUUCUUGGACCCAAAGGCAAAGCCAAGUCAUACCAUGAAAUUGGUAGAGCAAUUGCUACUCUGAUGUCCGAUGAGGUCUUCCAUGAAAUUGCGUACAAAGCCAAGGACAGACAAGAUCUCCUUGCUGGCAUUGACGAGUUCUUGGACGAGGUCAUUGUCCUCCCUCCUGGAGAAUGGGACCCUACCAUCAGGAUAGAGCCACCAAAAACCCUGCCAUCCUCUGAUAAAAGAAAGAACAUGUAUGCUGGAGGGGACAGCACACAGAUGAAUGGAGACACGCCUCACAGCGGUGGACAGGGGGGCGGGGGGCACGCAGUAGGCGAUGAACUGAAGAGGACGGGGAAGUUUUGUGGAGGCCUUAUUCUUGAUAUCAAAAGAAAAGCUCCCUUUUUCUUCAGUGAUUUCUACGAUGCGCUUCACAUCCAGUCUUUGUCUGCCAUCCUUUUCAUCUACCUGGGAACAGUAACCAAUGCCAUCACGUUCGGAGGAUUGCUGGGUGACGCCACAGAGAACAUGCAGGGUGUGUUGGAGAGCUUUCUGGGCACAGCGGUAACUGGAGCGGUGUUCUGUCUCCUGGCUGGGCAACCUCUGAUAAUCCUCAGCAGUACGGGGCCAGUGCUGGUGUUUGAAAGGCUGCUCUUCAACUUCAGCAGGGAGCAUGACUUCGACUACCUAGAGUUCCGUCUUUGGAUCGGUCUGUGGUCGGCCUUCUUCUGUCUAGCCCUAGUGGCCACCGACGCCAGCUUCCUGGUGCAGUAUUUCACCCGAUUUACAGAAGAGGGCUUCUCCUCACUCAUCAGCUUCAUCUUCAUCUAUGACGCCUUCAAGAAGAUGCUGAAGUUGGCUGAUUAUUACCCCAUCAACUCAGACUAUAAAAUCGAUUACGUCACGCAGUAUGACUGCAUGUGUAUGGCGCCCACUGUUGCCAAUUCUUCAGAUGUGUACACUGAUCCACUUGAUUCAACAUUUAUCUGGACCGUAAAUUACAGCGAUACACGCUUGAAUGCCAGCUGGUCCUCACUGUCAAAGAAGGAAUGCUUGAAAUACGGAGGGGAGCUAGUGGGCAAAGCCUGCAACUUUGUGCCCGACAUCACCCUCAUCUCCUUCAUCCUUUUCUUUGGCACCUACACCUGCUCCAUGUGUCUGAAGAAAUUCAAGACCAGUCCGUUUUUUCCUACUACUGUGAGAAAACUCAUAAGUGACUUUGCCAUUAUCCUGGCAAUUUUGAUCUUCUGUGGUGUGGAUGCUCUUGUUGGGGUCGAUACACCAAAGCUCAUAGUGCCAAGUGAAUUUAAGCCAACGAGCCCAAACCGUGGCUGGUUUGUGCCACCGUUCGGAGGAAACCCCUGGUGGGUGUACCUGGCAGCAGCUCUGCCUGCCCUGCUGGUGACCAUCCUGCUCUUCAUGGAUCAGCAGAUCACCGCUGUCAUUGUCAAUCGCAAGGAGCACAAGCUGAAGAAAGGAGCAGGCUAUCAUCUGGAUCUCUUCUGGGUAGCUGUGCUGUUAGCAGUAUGCUCUUUUAUGGGUCUGCCCUGGUAUGUAGCUGCCACAGUGAUAUCCAUCGCCCACAUUGACAGCUUGAAAAUGGAGACCGAGACAUCCGCUCCUGGCGAACAGCCUAAAUUUUUGGGUGUCAGGGAACAGAGAGUCACUGGUGUCUUUGUCUUCAUCCUCACCGGUCUGUCUGUCUUCAUGUCUCCUAUCCUCAAGUUUAUACCCAUGCCAGUGCUGUAUGGAGUCUUCCUCUACAUGGGAGUGGCUUCUCUCAACGGAGUGCAGUUUAUGGAUCGACUCAAGCUGCUCCUCAUGCCUGCCAAACACCAGCCAGACCUGAUCUACCUGCGGCAUGUGCCCCUGAGGAAGGUCCAUCUGUUCACUUUCGUCCAGAUACUUUGCCUGGCGCUCCUCUGGAUCCUCAAGUCCACUGUGGCUGCCAUCGUCUUUCCUGUUAUGAUCUUGGCUUUGGUUGCUGUUAGGAAGGCGUUGGACUAUAUCUUCUCCCAGCAUGACCUCAGUUUCCUGGAUGAUGUCAUACCCGAGAAGGAUAAGAAGAAGAAGGAAGAUGAGAAGAGAAAGAAAAAGAAGAAACAAGGGAGCAUAGACAGUGACAUGGAAGAUGAGAAAAGUCCCCUUCAUUCCUUGACCGAUAUUCGUCAUGCUGAAAAGCGCAACUACUUUCAGACCAGCCCGAUGUCAAGUUCAGAGAGACUGCCAUUAAAUGUGCCUCAGAUCAAAAUUGAUAUGGACCCAGAUGACAACAAUGGCUACCACUGGAAGAGUCGAGGGUCUGAGACGUCCAUAUAACUCCUCCAAUCUGCUACACACUGUAGAUUUUAUUAGCUCUUCCAUUUUGCAGAAAGCCGUUUGCCAAGGAAUCUUUUAAUAAAGACUGUCCCCCAUCACAGAUCCUUUCUGUGAAGACUAAAGAAUGGCUCGAGGAAUGCUUGUCUUCCACUCACUUAAUCACUACAGUUUGCAAGUUGUAAUCCCUUUAUAUUAUGCAAUUCAUUUCAUUGUUUGACUUAUGUGUUGAGCUGUAGAGAAAUGCUGUAGCUGUUUUCCAUGAGUCCACAACUACUCUCUCCAUUAUUCAUCCAAUACAAUAGAAAUCUUUCUUCCAAAUUCACUUAACAUGACACUUUUUUUCCUUUACCGUUGUUUUGCUGCUCUACCUCUGUUUUACCUGGUAGGCAUUAUGUAAAAAGUAAACUUUUCCAUUUUUAUUUGCACAGCAUGAGAUCUUAAUGUUAAUUUUUUUUAUUGUACAUCUUGAGCAAACUUUUCAACAAAUGACUUCUGUUAUGACGAGAGAGAACAACUGUGGCAAUAUAUUGUAAUAUGUAACUGUUGAUUAACUUUUUAAUGAUGGUUAAUAUUAUUGACUGACAUUGAACCAGCUAUUUUUCAUAUUGUUUCCUAUAAUAUAAUUGUGUUAUUAAAUUUGAAUAUGUUUCCUUUAACAGUAUUUAUGCCUAAUUAUCCAGACACAUUCUAAUAAGCUUGAAUAAUUUAGAAAGCUUAUUAAUUCAUUUAGUGUUUCAAGUCGUGUUAGGCAUUUGCUUCGUCACCUGUUUAUGGAAACCCUAAAAAGUCUAUGUGUAAACCGACAUGUACUCCAGGGUCUGUUGUCCUGCAAACGAUUUACGUAAGUGGCUUAAACCUGAAUUGCAAUAAUACACGAAAUUCCUUUAGUUUUAAGAUUGUCUCAUGUAAUUCAGAUAACUUUUUUAUUUGUGCUUUAUUUACUUGAUUUCUGGUAUCUGAAUGUCAUAUUGCAAGU